AAGGAAGAAGAGACGCCUGGGCCCUGGGCAAUCUCAGGGGCAGACCCAGGCAGAGAGGGCCUGAGGCCAGCCGGCCAGGGUAGCAGCGUGGCUGCUGGCGCCGCCAGGACCUGCGUAAGAAAGCCGCGAGUGUUCCGCAGGCUGCUGCGAGCGACUCCCUGGCGAUGCCUCACAACUCGAUCAGAUCCGGCCACGGAGGGCUGAAUCAGUUAGGAGGGGCCUUUGUGAAUGGCAGGCCUCUGCCGGAAGUUGUCCGUCAACGCAUUGUGGACCUGGCCCACCAGGGUGUGAGGCCCUGUGAUAUCUCGCGCCAGCUCCGUGUCAGCCAUGGCUGUGUCAGCAAGAUCCUUGGCAGGUACUACGAGACUGGCAGCAUCCGGCCUGGAGUGAUAGGGGGCUCCAAACCCAAGGUGGCCACCCCCAAGGUGGUGGAGAAGAUCGGGGACUACAAGCGGCAGAACCCUACCAUGUUCGCCUGGGAGAUCCGGGACCGGCUCCUGGCAGAAGGCGUUUGUGACAAUGACACUGUGCCCAGUGUCAGCUCCAUCAACAGAAUCAUCCGAACCAAAGUGCAGCAACCCUUCAACCUCCCCAUGGACAGCUGCGUGGCCAGCAAGUCUCUGAGCCCAGGACACACGCUGAUCCCCAGCUCAGCCGUAACACCCCCAGAGUCACCCCAGUCGGAUUCCUUGGGCUCUACCUAUUCUAUCAACGGGCUCCUGGGCAUCGCUCAGCCUGGUGGUGACAGCAAGAGAAAGAUGGAUGACAGUGACCAGGACAGCUGUCGGCUGAGCAUCGACUCACAGAGCAGCAGCAGCGGUCCCCGAAAGCACCUUCGGACGGACGCCUUCAGCCAGCACCACCUCGAGCCGCUCGACUGCCCGUUUGAGCGGCAGCACUACUCGGAGGCCUACGCCUCCCCCAGCCACACCAAAGGCGAGCAGGGGCUGUACCCACUGCCCUUACUCAACAGUGCCCUGGAUGACGGGAAGGCCACCCUGACACCUUCCAAUACACCCUUGGGACGCAACCUCUCGACUCACCAGACCUACCCGGUGGUGGCAGAUCCUCAUUCACCCUUCGCCAUAAAGCAGGAAACCCCAGAGCUCUCCAGUUCUAGCUCCACCCCUUCCUCUUUAUCUAGCUCCGCCUUUUUGGAUCUGCAGCAAGUCGGCUCUGGGGGCCCAGCAGGUGCCUCGGUCCCACCCUUCAAUGCCUUUCCCCAUGCUGCCUCCGUGUACGGGCAGUUCACGGGCCAGGCCCUCCUCUCAGGGCGAGAGAUGGUGGGGCCCACGCUGCCUGGAUACCCACCCCACAUCCCCACCAGUGGACAGGGCAGCUAUGCCUCUUCUGCUAUCGCAGGCAUGGUGGCAGGAAGUGAAUAUUCUGGCAAUGCCUACAGCCACACCCCCUACUCCUCCUACAGCGAGGCCUGGCGCUUCCCCAACUCCAGCCUGCUGAGUUCCCCAUAUUAUUACAGCUCCACAACAAGGCCAAGUGCACCGCCCACCUCCGCCACGGCCUUCGACCAUCUGUAGUUGCCAUGGGGACAGUGGGAACAACCAGGCAAACAGGAGGACUUGGCCUGAGACAGGCCCCAGAGAGUCACACAAAGGAAUCUUUAUUUAUUACAUGAAAAAUAACCACAAUUCCAGCAUUGCGGUUCAUUCCCCGUGUGGUCAAUUUAAUGGACCGUGAAAGUCAGGAUGACCUUGGAGAAGGCCAAACUGUCCUUCAAGAUUCCUUUUGUGGGGGACAGGAGUUCCAGGAAAACAAGACACAUCCCAUCUCAAAAGAGAUGAAAUUAGAGGAGAAAUGUACCCAGGCUGGUACCCACCAAAGGAGAAAAAAGGGAUCACAAAGAACUUAGAGGGAGAUCUGUCUGAGGGUGUACAAGGACCACCUGUGUGAUCUAAGGAGAAAAAAGGGAUCACAAAGAACUUAGAGGGAGAUCUGUCUGAGGGUGUACAAGGACCACCUGUGUGAUCUUCAUCGGUACAACUCCAGCAAUUAUGGACUGUAAGCAAGUCCUUCUGGCCCAUGAGUCCUAGCCCGGGGCCAAUGGUCUACUCAUCAGCCAUCCUAGGAGCUACCACCUGUAGCCUCUGCCACCUGCUGGGCAAGCCAACCAGCAACUUUCUGGGGAUGCCAGCUGACCUUCCCAUUCGUGUUGCUGUGAGCCUCCAGGCACCCCUAGCCUUUCAACCAUCGGGCCACCCCUCUGGCAGCAGUGAGCCUGUCUCCUGGGAAGUGAGGCAAGGCUCUCUACUCAGAGCACUGCAAGACAUGCCGAUUCGAGUGUGCUUUCUAUAUCUCCAGCCCAUGCAGGCAGCCACCGAAGAGACCCCUGAGGCCAGCAACAAGAUUCCCUCUCUGGCUCCUCAGCUCCUUCCCCCAACACCACCUCACUGUAAAUACCGCAAAACAAAGCUCUGUUUGGGUCAAGCUUCCCUCUUUCCACCCCCAGACUUUGGCCUCUGAGUGAAUUGUUUCCCUACUAUGUUGGGCUUUUCUCCUUGAUACCUUUUUGUUUUUUUAAAGACAACCCACCAU